AUGUCGACUGCGACGGUGAUCCCUACCGAGGCUGAACUCAAGGCUUUUGACCCCAAUGACCCGAGUGUCACUGAACUCAUUCAACAAGCUUCAAAGAUUCAUGACACUGACACAGUAUUAAACGUCUGGGAUGCAGUUAAGAAAUACAAGGUUGCUGUGUUUUGGGCAAUGUUCCUGUCCACCAGUUUGAUCAUGGAAGGAUUCGACUUGUCCAUGAUUAGUCUAUUUUAUGCCCAAACGCAAUUCAAGGACAAAUUCGGAGAACUUGAUCCAACCACUGGCAAAAAAGCCAUCACAGCCGCCUGGACAACCGGCCUAUCCAACUCCAGCUCCGUGGGUCAACUAAUAGGCCUAUUCGUAAAUGGCUGGUGUCAAGACCGAUAUGGGUGUCGCCCAACCAUGAUGUUCUUCAUGGCCUGGCUCAUUUGCAUGAUAUUCAUCCCGGUCUUUGCGCCCAGUUUACCCGUUUUAGCAUUUGGCGAGAUCAUGUGCGGAAUUGGAUUCGGAGUCUUCCAGACGCUUUCCACCGCCUAUGCCUGCGAAGUCGUCCCCACCGUCCUCAGGUCCUAUGUCACCACCUAUGUUUGCAUGUGCUGGGGAUCCGGUAUCCUACUGUCAUCUGGUGUUGUCCGACUGACUCUCACCAUGGAGAGCGACUGGGCCUGGAGACUCCCCUUUGUGCUGCAAUGGACGUGGCCGGUCCCUCUUAUUGUUGGAGCUUACUUUGCCCCCGAAUCCCCUUGGAACGCAGUUCGACGAAACAAGAUCGACGAGGCUAGAAUAAGCCUGCGGCGCUUGCGCCAAGAUACCCCUGAUCGAGAGCGGCAGGUUGAGACUGCUCUCGCAUAUAUCAAGCAUACGACACAGUUGGAACGGGCUGAGACGGCUAAUGCUAGCUUUUUGAAUUGCUUUCGAGGGGUUAACCUUCGCCGGACCGAGAUUAACUGCGUCGUUUGGGCUGCGCAAAUUCUCUCGGGUAACGCCAUCCUAGGCUACGCGCUGAUCUUCCUUCAGGCUGCUGGCUUUUCGGAAGUCCAGUCUUUCAACCUGAACAUCGCCAUUUCUGCCUGUUACGUUGUUGGCGGCUGUCUUUGCUGGCUCUUGUUGCCCCAUUUCGGGCGGGCAACUAUCUAUAUGAGUGGCCUCUUGUUUAUGUUUUUCUGUGUCUUGAUCAUCGGCAUUCUAGGAUUUUUCCGCAGCACAGCUACUGAUAUGGCGGUAGGGGUCCUGCUGGUCAUUUCAACGCUGUGCAAUAUGAUAACCGUAGGACCUGUCUGCUACCCUAUAGUUGCCGAGACCCCCUGUGGUGAAUUGCGAUACAAAACAAUUGCUAUCGGACGUGUGAUUUACAAUGUAACUAAUAUAGUGUGCAACUGCAUUACGCCUCGGAUGGUUUACUCGACAUCUUGGAAUUGGGGGGCCAAGACUGGGCUCUUCUACGCCGGUACUAACUUGAUAUGUCUCAUCUGGUGCUGGAACCGUCUUCCAGAAACGAAGGACCGUACCUUUGGUGAAAUUGAUUUGCUGUUUGAAAAUCGCGUUUCAGCGAGAAAGUUUAAAAGCACCAAGGUUGAUCAAUUUGCUCAUCAAUCUGUUAAGUCCAAUGAAAAAGCCAGUGCUAGCUCUCGGCACUUGGACAAUAUUGCAUGA